UAUGCUCCGAAACUUGUGACAAGAUUCAAUUGGUUUGCAGUCAUUGAACGAAUAUUAAAGCAGUUGUUUUAGUGGCUCAAUUGCUCAAACGUCAUUGCCUUUGAUUCUCUUCAAAUCCUCAAUCAUUAAGAGAUCGAGAGAUUAAUAAUUAUGCAGUAUUUGGAGCAUAAACAAUUGUCCGUUAUCUCAUUUAUUAACCGCUAUAAUAAUGAUGUUUAGAUGAUGUAACAAAUUAAGUGGAUACAGCACUAGUCCUGGGUGAGAUUUACUAGUAUUUAGAAACUUUAGUGUACAAUGCAAUUAAAUUACAUAUAAUUUUAGACCUUUGGUGUUAGAAUCUUUUGUUGCAACCGGAGAAAAGUGACACAGACAGAUCGAGAGAACACAAUUGGUCCCCCACUUGCAUCGUUGCAUGGAUGUGUGAUCUGUGACGUAUAGCUCCACUAAUUGAAAAACCUAUAUUCUCUGAUGUGUGCCACCCCCAACAUAAUUCCAGAUAAUGAAGCUAGCACUUCAAGUUCAGGAAUGAUGGACACGUGGAAAACGAUCCGCAAAACUUGACCACGAGAAGGAGCACAAGGCCCGCAGGGAGAACGUGUAUUUAAGGGGUUAUGCUCAUUGAGGAAGGGCAUGUUGUUGGUAUGAUUCUCUGUCUUCUGCAUCCAUCUUCUUCCUGAUCACAUCUUCAUUCUCUGACCCCUUAUGUUAAUUUUGAUUUUUCAUCUUCUCCUUGAACUAGGUUGACUCGAGUGAGCUGUCAUUUACGUUGCUUCAAAAUUCCUGUUUCCAUACUUUUAUUUCUGUCUCAAUAUCAUAAAACAAUCCCAACAAACAAUUGCUACAUUGUACUAUUUCUUAGUUCAUAUAAUACAUAUUAUAUUGUUUCUUUGUUACAUUGGUGUUUUCAUUGUCAUCAAUGGCGGACAACAACAACGAUUGUACAAGGCUUCAACAUAUGCAAACUCAGAUCAAUACCUUGAAUUCGUGGAUGGAAGAGCAGCACAAGCGCGACAUAGAAAAUCAUGAUCGUUUUGAGAAGCUGCAGAAAUCUAUGGAUAUGUUACUUCAGCACCCAUUUUUGUCCAUUGGUGGUUCGAACUCAGGCAGUUCUUCUUCGGGUGGUAUUCUGAUAACUCCAAUUUCUUCAUCUGCGCCUGUCAAAGACAUUUCUCUGGGAUUUCCCCAUUUUGAUGGCCAUACACCUGUUCUGGAAUGGAUUUUCAAAGCUAAAAAUUUCUUCAAUUAUCAUCAUACUCUUGACUCUGAUAGAGUGAAGAUUAUUGCGAUUCAUUUUGAGAAGGAUGUCAUACCGUGGUUUCAAAUGCUUCAGCACAUGGAGUCGGUGAAUUCCUGGUCCGAUCUAACUCAUGCUUUGGAGUCUCAGUUUGGACCGUCUCCUUUUGAUUGUCCUAUGGGUGAAUUGUUCAAACUUCAACAAACUGAAUUGCUGCUCAGCCAUUGCUAUCCGAACUAAGCUUUUUUAAAAUCUCCGAUGGUCCAUGACAGUUACACAGGAGUGUUCUUAAUACUUG